UACUAGUGACAAAAUGUGGUUCACCAAGCUUGUCUUAGCCAUAUGCUUCAUGACCCUAACGCUAGCUCACUUCUCCCUAGCCCAAAAUUCCCCUAAAGACUAUGUGAAAGCACACAAUGCGGUUCGUGCCAAGGUCGGGGUCGGUCCGCUGGUUUGGAACCGCACCGUGGCUGCCUACGCCCAAAAAUACGCCAACAAAAGGAUUAGGGACUGCAAGUUGGAGCAUUCCCAAGGACCCUAUGGUGAGAAUCUUGCUGAAGGCUAUGGCAACCUUAACGGCGUCGACGCUGUGAAAAUGUGGGCCAGUGAGAAGCCUGACUAUAACUACGCCUCCAACGCGUGCUUUAGUGGUGACGAUGGGUGCCUCCACUAUACUCAGGUUGUUUGGCGCAAGUCGGUUCACCUUGGGUGCGGCAGAGCCAAGUGUAAGAAUGGGUGGGUUUUUGUUAUUUGCAGCUAUGAUCCUGUUGGCAACAUCAAGGGUCAACGCCCUUAUUAA